AUGGGAAAUUGUUUAACGACUCAAAUAAAAGCGAGUGGUCAAUAUUCAGUUGAAAAUAAUUCAGCUCAAUUAUUAUCAGUGAUAACAGAAAAAGAUUACAUUCAAUAUAUUAAAUCGAAAAAGCCUAUCAAACAGGAAAUAUCCAUUCAAACCGAUAAUGAGUUUCAGUCGAUUAUACCCAUUGAGGUUAAUGAUAAUCCAAAGGUACCAAAGAUACUGAUCCACAAGUCUGAAACAGUUUCAACACAAACAAUCGAUCAACAACAAACUAUCAGUCUUGAUAUUGAUCAAGUAACAAGGAGCAGACGGCCGGAUAUGUUGAAAUUAGAGAAAAUUGUUGUUUUAUGGAAGAAUGUCACAUCGAUAGAUAAUCUUUGCAGACUUUUUUAUAAAACAGGUACAAACUCUCUUGAACGUGUGUGGUUAUUAUAUCAAUGGAUAAUAAACAAUAGCGAUGAAUCAGAAAAUAUACCAAAUUUGUUUUUUUUAUGUUGUCAGAAAAUGAAUAUUCAAUGUAAAAUAGUUAGUGGUUAUAUACGAUCGUUAGACGAAAACAAAAACUCUGAUCCUACUCAUCAUAAAUGGAAUAGUGUUUUUAUUGAAGAAUGUUGGCAUCUACUCGAUAUUGUCACAGAAAUGUUCUACGAAGAUUCUCAAAAUUUUUAUUUUCUACCAUCACCGGAUCAUCUUAUUUUUAGUCAUUAUCCAAAUGAAGCAAAAUGGCAAUUAUUAAAAACACCUCUCACCUAUGAACAAUAUCUCUCAUUACCUCGAAUAUCAGCAAGCUAUUUUCUAUUGGAUAUGCAUUUAAUCAGUCCAAUUGAAGGAAUAUUAAACUCAAAUGAAAGUAUUACUCAAGUAAUUCUUUCCAGUCCAUUAUCACAUACUCUUCAAGUGUUCUGUUGUCUUCAGCAUGACAGUGAUAAAUAUCCUGAUCGACACACAUUUGUUAAUUAUGACUUGGAUACACACCAAUUUCAAUUUUUUGUUUCACCACCAAUGAUUGGCAAUUAUGAGUUUGUUAUAUUUGCUCGUGAUUCUAAUGAGACUGAAGAAGAAGAUUAUCAAUGGAUUAUUAAGUAUCACUUGAAUGUAAUACAAAUGAGAACACAUUGUCAAACAUUUCCAACAGUCUAUCCACAAUUUUCGAAAUCUCAUUGUGCUCUCUAUGAACCACUUAGUGAAUAUGUUCAAAAAGGAGAAACGAUACGUAUUCAUAUGAGAAUACCCAAUGCUCGAAGAGUACGAAUUGAUGUAGAAGAACAAAGAAUAAUGAUGACCAGCAAUGAAUACAAAAAUGAUAUUUUAUCAAAAACAAUAACUGUUACAGGGAAUAUUCGAAUUUUAGCAAAAUUUAAAGAUAAUGCAGAUCUUUUACGGCCAUUGUGUAAAUUUAUUGCACAGUAA